GAUUCAAAAUGGCGUCCCGUGCGAACCAGCGUGAACAACGUGCACAGAAAACAGUGGAAACAGACGAUCAAGAAGACGAUUUAACUAAAGUAGAAUAUGAAACUUCAGAAGGAGUCGAAGUGAUACCAACUUUUGACGGCAUAGGGCUUCGCGAAGACCUUUUACGAGGGAUUUACGCAUACGGUUUUGAAAAACCAUCAGCCAUCCAACAAAGGGCAAUCAAACCAAUUCUCAAAGGAAGAGAUGUGAUUGCACAGUCACAAUCCGGAACAGGAAAAACAGCAACAUUUUCUAUCUCUGCACUGCAAUGUCUAGACACACAGAGUCGAGAACCCCAAGUUCUAGUUUUAUCUCCAACACGAGAACUUGCAACGCAAAUCCAGAAGGUUUGUUUGGCUCUGGGCGACUACAUGAACGUCCAAUGUCAUGCUUGUAUCGGUGGCACAAAUAUCGGUGAAGACAUCAGAAAGUUGGACUAUGGUCAACACAUUGUUUCUGGCACGCCUGGAAGAGUUUUUGAUAUGAUUGGCCGAAGAAAUCUUAGAACGAGGAACAUCAAGAUGUUCAUCCUGGACGAAGCAGAUGAAAUGCUCAACAAAGGUUUCAAGGAGCAAAUAUAUGAUGUCUACAGAUAUCUUCCCCCAGCAACACAGGUAAUACUCAUCAGUGCCACCCUACCUCAUGAGAUUCUUGAGAUGACUUCGCGGUUCAUGACUGAUCCGAUUCGCAUUCUGGUAAAACGUGAUGAGUUGACCUUAGAAGGAAUUAAGCAAUUCUUUGUGGCUGUUGAACGAGAAGAAUGGAAAUUUGACACGCUAUGUGAUCUUUACGAUACCCUAACCAUUACACAAGCUGUCAUCUUCUGUAAUACGAAGCGAAAGGUCGACUGGUUGACAGAGAAAAUGAGAGAGGCAAAUUUCACAGUAUCUGCCAUGCAUGGGGACAUGCCUCAGAAAGAACGCGAGGCAAUCAUGAAGGAAUUUCGUGCAGGUCAAAGCCGUGUUUUGAUAUCAACCGAUGUCUGGGCUCGAGGUUUAGAUGUUGCACAAGUGUCUUUGGUCAUCAACUUUGACCUGCCAAACAACCGUGAGUUGUACAUACACAGAAUUGGUCGCUCUGGUAGAUUUGGUCGAAAAGGUGUUGCAAUUAAUUUUGUGAAGUCUGAUGAUAUUCGAAUCCUUCGCGAUAUCGAACAGUAUUACAGCACGCAGAUUGAUGAAAUGCCAAUGAACGUGGCGGAUUUGAUCUAGAGAGAACAACCAGGCAGACCUGGACACAAAGAGAUCUUUUUGAAAACAGCAACUCUUUUGCGGGAUGUGCAGAUAUUUUAACAAGCUGACUCAAGCUAAAAGGAUCAUCUUAUGACAUUCAAUAUUUCCAUGCUUAACUAAUUUGUAAACUGUAAUAUUUCUCGUUGUAUAAUACUGGCAUUUUAGGUAAAAAUAAAAGAAAACUGAGCACUGCC